UCUACUUGCAUUAGCUCCAUUGUGAAGCGACCUCUUGUAGAGGCCAAUAACCCUUCUCUAAUCAAAACUUGCACAAAAGCAAUGCAAGUAUCUCUAAACCCCAACUUGGUCUUCAGCUCCAAGGCUAUAAACCCUAACUUGAUCUUCUGCAGUUUAAAUAAUUUUUCUACUCCCAAAUUGAAGACUGAGGGAUUCUCCGGCGGAGUUUUUCCAGCCUUGAAGGCCGUACCCGGAAUUCCGAAUUCGAACAAUUUCAGCAGCACUAGACGUGGCCGUUUUGCUCCAUUUGUUGCAGCUGCUGCUGCUAAAAGGGCCGGAAGGACCUCCGGACCUGAUUACUAUUCCGUUCUCAAUGUCAGUAGAAAUGCUACUUUGCAAGAAAUUAAAGCUGCUUAUCGCUCACUUGCUCGCAAGUAUCAUCCUGAUAUGAACAAGCGUCCUGGUUCUGAAGAAAAGUUUAAAGAAAUAGCUGCCGCAUACGAGGUAUUAUCAGACACUGAAAAAAGGUCUUUAUAUGAUCGCUUUGGUGAGCAAGGUCUACGUGGAGAAUUUGAUGCAACAAGUGCUGGUCCACAGGGGGUGGAUCCUUUUGAAGUUUUUGCCGAAUAUUUUGGUGAGUCCAAUAGCUAUUUUGGAGGAAGCGGUGAACCAAGAGGCUUCAACUUUAAUUUUGGACAGAAGGGGAGCCAGAAUCUUGACAUCCGAUAUGACAUAUAUUUGAGCUUUGAAGAAUCAAUUUUUGGAGGGAAACAUGAUGUUGAAGUACCAUGUUUUGAGACAUGUGAUGAUUGUGGUGGAACGGGUGCAAAGUCCGCCAGUUGUCUAAAAACGUGUGAUGAAUGUGGAGGUAGAGGAGGAGUGGUGAAAACACAGAAGACACCUUUUGGAAUUAUGUCUCAGGUGACUUCCUGUUCAAAAUGUGGUGGUGAUGGCAAGAUAAUUACUGAUCGGUGCCGCACAUGCAAUAGCCAUGGUCAAGUUCGAGCAAAGAGGAGUAUUGAGGUGGUUGUACCACCUGGUGUUGAUGAUGGAGCCACAGUGCAAGUUCGAGGAGAGGGAAAUUUUGACCAAAAACGGGGUUUAGCUGGUGACCUGUAUCUGGUCCUCCAUAUUGAGCAGAAGAAAGGAAUUCAGAGAGAUGGCCUGAAUCUGUACUCAAAACUGGACAUCGACUAUACAGAAGCCAUCCUGGGGACUACUAAGAAGGUGGAUACUGUUGAAGGUGUGAAGGAUCUCCGGGUACCCCCAGGAACUCAGCCAGGACAUAGAUUAAAGUUGCCGAACAUGGGUGUUCCAAACAUUAAUAAACCUUCUGCACGAGGCGAUCAUUAUUUCACUGUGGAUGUUCAUAUCCCAAAAACUAUUAGUCGUGCAGAACGCGAACUAGUUGAAAAGUUGGCUUCUCUUAGGAAAAUUGAGGGCUAUACUCCCCCAGGCAAUGGUGGAGGAGUGUGUGCCAAAGACAACAUUGACCAAACUUCAAGGCACAGAACAAAAAGUGAAAAGCGUUGGUGGAAGUCCAUCAAGGACUUGUUAUGGAGAAAUCAACCUGGGGAAAGAUUUGCAUCAAUCUGUGCUGACACCUCAGUGCCGUGGAUAUACAGAAGGGCCCCGCCCAAUUUGCCUUCUUUGGUUGCUAUUUCUGUUAUUUUUGUUUCAGCAGCUAUUGCUCUCUUAAUGAGCAAAUCUGGGUGGUCUAAACCGCAGCACCAAAGGAAGGAAAUAGAACACGGUUCUCUUCUCCUGAAGAAGGGUUUUGUUGGCCUUAAGGUUGUAUUUGGUCAGAAGGAUUUUUGAAUUACUAUGGAUUACAGAUUCCUAAAAACAAUUUCCUUUCGACUUCACAUUGGAAUCAAUUGGAACUCUCAACUCCAAAACAGCAGGAUGUAGCAGCUACCUAUAAUAAGCCUUGUCCCAAGUUCUUUUCUAGAACUCUUUGCUGUUGCACAUGUAUAAAAUAGUGGAAAGAAAGAUACUCCCAAUUGAGUAAGCUCUCUGGGUAAAUGGGGUGUGUCCUGUGACUCCUGCUCCUGAUUUCUUGCAAGUAACAAUCAAUUUGGGAAUAUGAAAUAUUGGCAAAUUGUCAUAUUUGGUGUACUGACAUGUCAAAAUUGGUUUUAGUUAGUAAAUGACUCUUGCCUG